UCUUUUCUUAUACAUUUUCUUCGUUGCAGCAACUAUUCACUGCUGUUGAAUACUUAUUUUCUUUUUCAUACGACGGUGAUAUUUUUUUCUUUUCCCGUUAAACAAGGUAUACAAAACUGUAUACUUUGCAUAAAAUACCACCGAAUUUUAUAAUUUCAACAAACGAACGAAAACAUAAUUUUCUAUAACGCAAAGUGAAAUGUUAUUGUAACCUAAGAAACCAGCCGGAGGAAAGAUAUUGUACGCCAACAUAGCUGACAGUUUCAAAGGAAGUGGGUGAUACCUCAACGUCAAUAUCUUAAGCACAAUCUGAAUAUGGCAUCUCGCGGUGGACCAAUGGUAGCAGGCACCAAUGGCGCUGACUACGAAUAUAGACAACGUGUGGCCGCACCACAUCGUAUGAGUUUGCAUGCAAAAAAACGUUUAAAAUUGUGCAUUUGCUAUCAUAUCGUACUUUCUACUUUUAUGGUGACCAAGUUGUCACCAGAUUUUUUGGAUCGCAUUGAUGUCUUUUGGCUGGAAGUGGAAGAACUUGAAGUACCAAAACCGCUAUGGUGGGAAUACGUUUGGAUGAUAUCAGUGUUUACAAUGGGGUUUGCUCUAUCGGCAAUAGUAAACAAUAGCAUUCGCCAAAUGCAAAAAUAUAUAAUAGCGCUUACUUUAGUUGGCGUUGUACCGGUAAUCUACUGCUUCAUCUACUACUUUAGAGAUUUUUGGGAAUACAUUAAUUUAGAUGAGAAAACUGAUAUAAAAGAAACGGACAUAUUUAUAUGGCGCAACAUGCCUUACGCGGUAUUGUGGUACGGUUUCUCAGCUGUCGCCAUACAACUACACGGUUUUACGCUAUAUUUCGCCUACAGAUGCAUUCAAGCUUGGCGUCUGCGCACCGCUGUAAAGAAGUCGCAAUAGAUCAAAAGUAAAACAAAUGAUUGACGCACUUUAAAAACGCUGCGACAAAAAAGUCCAUUUUAUGCAGACGGUCCAUUUAUGUGUCAUUGGUGCAACUCUGUUGUAUAUGCUCUUUAUAGUUUACAUUGUUGGAUUAAAGUGAAAUUUUUACUGUUUCAAAACAUUGUUGGCUAUUUGAAUAUUUACUUAUAUCACUAUAUUCAACAAUUUUAUUGAAAAAAUUUAAUUUAAGCCAAUAAUAAAAAAAGAUGUUGCUACAAACCGAAAUUGUGCGCCAUUCCAUGCAUUUUGAGUCUACCUUUGUCAGUGUAUUCAAAAUAAUCGUUCCAAUCGUCUUAACUAGCCAAAAAAUAGUUUAUAACAUUGCGUUACGGUUUGAUAACCUCAAAUUUAAAAAAGGUUUUGUUAUAAUCCUCGGUUGAUUUCGUCGAUACACUAGAUAUUACGAAUGCUGUAAAAUAUCAAAUAAAAAAUGGAAUGUUAAAAAUUUAAAGCACAUGUAAUAGCGUUAAACAAAACAUGACAUAAGUGUUAUAUGAAAUGUCUUACUGGGUAUAUAAGUUGUAGUCUGCACAAAUUUGUUAAAAAAAAACACAAUUUAAUUAAGAUUUUAAAGACAACUAAAUACAAUGUAUGUCAUUAAAGUGUUUCAUUCAAAAUCAGUGGCAAAUGUAAAUUAGUUAAUAAAAUACUUUUUAACAAUGGCAAUAGCAUCAUAAUCGUCUGUACAAUUGGUCAUUGCAUAAUAAAAAUACUCAAUAUAUUAAUAUUCUGUUUAAUAUUUAUUUUUAGAGUUUAAAGUUCCUUAUUAAAAUAUACGAAUGUGUAUUCUACAUAUAAAAAAAACACCGAACUGCCUAACAUCAUCCAUAUGUUCCCAUUAAGGGCCGACAUCUAUUUUUUGUACAAAAUAUGAUUAUGCGUACAUACGUAUGUUUGUCUGUAUCUAUGUACUUAUUUGUGUUCUAAGGCACUAGCUGUUCAUUUUUGAAUAGUUAUACAUACAAUUGCAAAAACAAAAUAAGAGAUAUAUAAUAAUGUUAAAUUUUAAAAGGAAUGGGUAACAAAGUGGUUUUAAAUGAAGAGUUUUAUAAUAAAUAUGGAACUAUAUUAAUUGUUUUGUCAAUUUGUGUAAUUUGUUGUGCUGUUCGAUUAAUGUCAUUUAAAAUAAUAUGGAAAAAAAUAAAGGUUAUAAUAAAGAUAUUAUAUUUUGUGUGGGUUAAAAGCA